GCUAGUGAGAAUGAAGUUGUUGUAUCGGAGCUGAAUCUGUUCGCGAUAUUCAUUUCAUGUUCUUUUUAUUAAGGGUGUUCAGCCUCUCUAGUGUUAUUUUUGGUGUUAUUUGUAUUAUAUAGUCAUGACAGAAGACGUAAACGUGAGCGGACAGGAGUCCGGAGCUGCCCCGGAGCAGGCUGCGGUCAAAGCGGAGGAGAAGCAGGCGAACGAGGCGGAGGAGAAGAAGGAGAACGGCGGAGACGGGAGAGGGGAGGAGGCUGCGGGGAAAGCGGACCCAGCCGAAGCCGAGUUCGUGCACCCGGAGGGCGGCUGGGGCUGGGUGGUCAUGCUGGCCUCCAUGUGGUGCAACGGCUCGGUGUUCGGGAUCCAGAACGCCUUCGGCAUCCUGUUCGUGUCCCUUCUGAAGGAGUUUGGCUCGGAACACGACGAAGACCUGCGGUUCAAGACCGCCUGGGUUGGCUCUCUCUCUAUGGGGAUGAUUUUCUUCUGUUCUCCGAUCGUCAGUGUGUUUACUGAUUUGCUGGGCUGCAGGAUCACUGCGGUGGGCGGAGCUGCUGUCGGACUCGUCGGGCUGCUGGCCAGCUCCUUCGUCAAGUCUCUGGGUCCUCUGUACUUCACCUAUGGAGUUGUGUUUGCGUGCGGCUGCUCGUUUGCGUAUCAGCCCAGUCUGGUAAUCCUUGGUCAUUAUUUCAAACGUCGCCUGGGCCUCGUUAACGGGAUCGUAACCGCGGGCAGCAGCGUCUUCACCGUGUCCCUCCCGCCGCUGCUCUCCGGCCUGCUGGUACGCAUCGGCCUCCAGAACACGCUGCGGGUGAUGUGCGUGUUCGUGUUCGUGCUGAUGCUGGCCGGACUGACCUACAAGCCGCUCCUGCCUAAGCCGGUCAACAGCAGUAAAUCGGCUGGGCGCUGCGCCGCGUUCCGCAGGGUGUUCAACGUCCGGAUCUGGAGGAGUCUCGGGUACAGAAUCUGGGCUUUCGGAAUUCCGGCCGCUCUCUAUGGAUACUUCGUGCCUUACGUUCACCUGAUGAAGCACGUGGAGGAGCGUUUCGGGGUGGAUGCGAAUAAGGAAGUUUUGCUGAUGUGUAUCGGAAUCACGUCUGGAGUCGGCCGACUCAUCUUUGGACGCGUCGCCGACUACGUUCCCGGGGUUUCCAAGGUGUACCUGCAGGUGGCCUCCUUCCUUGUGAUUGGCUUGAUGUCGAUGAUGAUUCCUCUGUGCCACAUAUUCGGAGGUUUGGUUGCGGUGUGUUUGCUGAUGGGUUUGUUUGAUGGAUGUUUUAUCUGUAUAAUGGCUCCCAUCGCCUUCGAGCUCGUCGGAUCUCAGAACGUUUCCCAGGCCAUCGGCUUCCUGCUGGGCAUGAUGUCCGUCCCAAUGACCGUCGGACCUCCUAUCGCAGGUUUUCUGAGGGACAGGCUGGGCAGCUACGAUGUGGCCUUUUACCUGGCAGGAAUCCCCCCGAUCAUAGGGGGCGCUGUGCUGUGUCUGAUCCCCUGGGUGGAGCAGAGGGAGAAGAGGAAACAGCAGAAGAAGAAAGACCAGGAAACAGCCCACACCAUGCUGGAGCACACGCCGGGAGGGCAUGGAGACAUGGAGAAAAACAAGAGUCCGGAAUCAGUUAUAUAAUCACAGAUAUAUGCAUAUUUACAUACAGCUCCAGUCACAGCUUUGGACACACCUUACUGAGUUCACUGAGUCAGAGUCUUACAGGCAGCCUAGAGCUUAGGCUUAAACACAUAUGAAACAAAUACAAACAGAGCUUAUUUUCAAUUUAAACAAUUUAAAAUAAAAAAAAAGAAAAAAUAUAUACAGUACUGUGCAAAAGUUUUAAGCACCUGAUUCAUUUAAAAAGAUGUUUAUCUGGGCAGUAAGUGUUUGUUAUUAGUUUAGAAAAACACUAGUAGUAGAAUAAACACAACAUUAAUACAGUAAGUAGUGAUUUUACAUACUUUAAUCUGUUACCUUUACCAUUUACAUUACCUGCUUUCUCUAAUUAGUCAUAUUUUGCCCUGAUAAACACUUUGAUUUGACUAGUUUUGAUUAGUGAAACAGUUUGAUUAGGUGUGUUUUGCACAGUAAUAUAUAUAUAUAUAUAUAUAUAUAUAUAUAUAUAUACACUGUUUUCACCUCGCAUGACCUCUUUACUGAAAAACAAUGCAUAGGGUUUGCAUUUUAAAUAUAAAAUGCUGCAUUGGUUUCAGAAUUGAACACAUUCGUCAUUCAAAUAUAAUGAAGGCACAGCUGUACUGAUUCACACUGUGCAGCAUUGUAAACAGCGUUAAAUCUGUGUAGUUAAAUCUAUACUUUUCAUUUUGGCUUUGUCCUCAUGUUACUGUUUAAACGCCGUCUCACAUUUCACUUCAAUUUUUGGCUGCGUUUCAACGGGGCAAAUACAUAUGAAAGACGAAAGCAGGUGAAAACAAUAUAGUAGAGGGUUCGUUUUUCAUUUUGGCUCGUAUUCUGCAGGUCACCUGUGAAUUUGCAUUUCACUGUUUUCACUGUUAUGAUGCAUUUCAGUGAGGAAAAUCUGUUUAAAGUGAUGCACAGUGGAAAGCAAUAAUCGUGCAUUCAUAAUAUUUCAAGGCAGAUUGUAUUCACUUCUGACACCAGUGCAGCAUUUCAUUUCUAAAAUGCAAAUCCUCACGCACGUUUGUUAGUAAAGAGGUAAAGCGACAGGAAAAGUUUAGUUUUUCAGGUUGGCUUGUAUUCUGCAUGUCACCGUGGAACCGUAAUGUCAUGUGUGCAUUGCAGUGACUGCUUUUCAAUCUAGCACAAAGUCCUCUCCAUAGCACCGAGGGUUUACUGCAGAAUCUGAAAUUCUUUGGUCACUGUAUGAUUCCGUAAGUGUUAUUUCAUAGUGCAUUGUUCAUCACUGUUACGUGGAGAAUAGUGAAAAAAAAGGAAAACAUUGCAUGAGUAGGGGUGUCCAAACUUAUGACUGGUACUGUUUAGGCGCGCACACACAUUUAUGAAAGAGUGUGCGUUUUUAUGCAUAAAACGUAUAAUAACCACUAAAGUAAGUGCUGUUUCUGACCAGCAUUUGCACUAAAAUGAGGAAAAAAAUGUGGAAAUUAAUCUGACAUAUCGAUGAAUGUGGUUCUCUCAGAGCUAUGCAUCUGUUUAACCCACCACACGCACCUCAGUACCGCGUACACAGCGAACACAGCAGCGUUUAAACAGGAAAAAGGGGAAACGAAGAAAAUGGGGGAAAUAUUUCACAAGGGAAAAUGUGUUCUUUUCUACGGUGCUUUAAUGAUGCCACAGGCACUUUUUCUUCUUUAUUUUUUACUUUUAAAAGUGUUGUCCAGCAUAUUUCAGAGGGAUUUUAUUUACAUUGGAUCUAAGUAUGAUGAGCAUGUAUCAUUUGUUUGUUCAGUUCUGCUCACCACACAGUUAAUGUUUACCAUGAUUACAUUAAUUUGGUUCAGUUCAUAAAUAGAAGCCGGCGAAAAACGUUUUGCACAAUACACGAAAUUUAUAUAUGCAAGUGUAACUUUACUUCUGUGCAGUAUGAAAGCUCCAGAAUGCAAAUAUUUUUAACUGUUAAGCCUUUAUGUGUAGUUCAAUCAUCAGUUAGAUGUUAAAUUUCCUUUCGUCGAGCUCUGAGCACAAAUCGGAAGACAUUUUACAAAUCCAUCAGCUACACGGCUAUAAAGUGAGUUUAUAUCACAUAAUUUAUCAACAAGUUAAGCCUUUUGGUGGCAUGAUUACCAUUUUUUUUAACAAAACAAUAGACAGUCCAAGUUUGACUGUAAAUAAAAGUGUAAUGAUUAAAAGUGGGAACUGUUAGAUGUUCAUCCAAGCUUUAACUCUAUAACUACACAAUAUUUCCCUCUAAAUUUAGUUCAAUCCAAAUUUUUAAUUUUAGUUUAAUUCUGAAUUUUUAAAUUCUCUUUGACUACAAAAAUCCUCAGUUGUUCAGAUGCAUUUAAGCUGUGUUUUGAAAUGCAUCCAUGUUUUGUAGUCAGGUUAAAGCAGAAGAAAACACAUAUAACCACAAUUCCAAAGUGUUUUUUUAUGCAAUAGUACCAACAUUAAUGUCUAUUGUUUCAGGCCUUUAUACCAAAGUAUUAAGAUGUCUCUUCUGCUUAAACGGAAUUUUGAAGGAAUAGUUCGGUGAAAAAUCUGAUUUACGCAACCCCAGAUCGAUCGGCCAAGACGUGUUUGAUGUCCAAACUUUGCUGCUUUAGUUUAGAGCCAGAGCUAAAAGGCUAACAUCACUAACACUAGAGGUCAAUAGUCACCCAAAUCGUUUCUGUAAAAAUAUGUCACCGAAACUUCUCUCACCCCGAUCCGGGGUUUCGUUAAGGUGGCGCAGACGUAUAGAUGUGGUUUAGAACACAGAAUGACUAUAACAAUUGAGUUCCAGUGUUUAUUAGACUCGUAGCUCCAGUUCUCCAAACUAAAGAGGCAAAAUUUGGGCUCCAUACACGUCUCGGUCGAUCGGCUACACCUGGACUGAAAAUUUGUUUCGCCAGAGUAUUUAUGGGCCUUAAAGCAGGUCUUUUACUUACUUGUUUUUGUUUUCUAUUCUUUUAUUGCACGGUGACACCAUUUCAGAGUAUUUCCUGCAGGUAUUAGACGAGUAUUGAGUUUGAGUUUCUGUUUUAGGCUGUUUUCUCUAUGCAAUACUGGAUGUGAUGUUUCAAAUGAAUUUCUGGAUGAAUUAGUGCGUCUUAGAUUGAAACAUUUCAAGUGUCAUUUGUGUCCUAAAGCUGCUGCCGUAGAAAUACGGAAAUGCGCAGCCUUUCAUUUGGAUCUCAUACAGGAAAUAAGUGCCAUAGCUAAUAGUAAAGUGAGUCUGGGAUGAGCUGCGGUGCUGUUAGUUGGUAUAUAAGGGCUGGGAUGCGUAAAAAGCCAGUUCACUCGUUUAAGGGCUCGCCAAAGGUGUAAUAAAGUGUAAAAUGAGCCUGUAAAACGAGCUCAUUGUGCUGGAUUUAGUUUUACACCUCUGUGUUUUUUUAGUUAUUUAUUUGUCUGUUUUAUUUCUAAAUAAUCAGUUUAGUCGAUUAUUUCAAAGCUUUCCCUUCAUCUUAGCUUUAAAGUUCUUACUGUGCCAUAAAUUGCAGCUAACCAUAAAUUCAAGAAAUGGAAUUUGUGUUAAAUACACAUUUCUUUAAAUCGAUUAGACCUGAAGUUUUAUUGCACAUUGCGUUUUUGCAGUUUACAUUCAUUGAAUUGGAUCAGACUCGUUCGUUUUCUUUUCUCAGUAACUCACACUGGUUUAUGAGACAUGGUUUGUGAUGAUCUACCUCAAUCUGACGUAGUUGCCGAGAUGUUCGUCUUACAACCAGAAGGGAUUCGAUGCAGUUCGCUCGGUCUUCACGUUUGGUUUGUUUCUGAUCCGACCUCAGUUCACGUGCUUGACUAAGUGUAGAUUCAGCUCCUCACCUGCUUUUCUCUUAUUAUAUUCACAGUUUUAUCAUCGUAGCACUUUUUGGAGUGGGAUCAGACGGAUCAGACUAUUUGGUCUUGAAUCGCAGACACUUUAAAUGUGUUCUAGCAGUGUUAGUGCCUUGACAAUCCCAGAAAAGGGUGAAUAAACGACCCAUGUAUGGAUGCUUUUGAAUGAAUGGAACUGAAACCGGGGCACAGAGCACUCACGACAGCAAGAUACAGUAAUUUUCGUAUUUUCAGUGAGGAGGAAUGCUACAGAGGAAUGCUGUAAAAUAAAAAGCUAAAAAAAAAGUAACGUAGAACUUAUUUUAAAUACCUGCAUUGAAAACUAAUGCUAAGCUAACGAGACAAGCCAAUUUAAAGUAAGUUGCUCUCUUGUAAAACUAUGCUUUAUCACACUUCAUUUUAAUUUUUAUUUCAUUUACAUUAAAAUUAGUUUAAUCUUAUGGAAGCCCAGUCCCACCACUGCAAAUAAAAUAAAAGAAUCGCCUAAUUAUUAUUUUUUUAUUAUUAAGUGAAUUAUUAUGCCAUUAUUUUGAGACGCCAAGUCAUUAUUUUAAGGUUUUAUCUCAUUAUUUUGAGAUGAAAAGUCAUUAUUUUGAGAUACUAUCUCAUUAUUUAAGAUGGCAAGUCAUUAGUUUGCGAUGACAAGUAAUUACUAUGAUUUUAUCUCACUGUUUUGAGAAACUAAGUCAUUAUUUUGAGAUAUUAUCUCAUUAUUUUGGUAAUGGUAAGUUAUUAUUUUAAGAUAUGGCAUUGCUUUUCACUUAACUAUGAAAAAAAUAAUAAUUAGGUGCCGGGUUUUCUAAGUGUCAGGAAUGAGCUCCUUUCUGGCUCCUUUUCAGUUUUUUUUAUUGUUUAUAGAUUUAUUGUCUUUUAUUCAUUAGUUUUUAUCUUUUUUGCCACAUAUUUGAGUUUCACCACUGCUAAGAAGAAACCGCCUUCUUAUAUCUGCUCACAGUGAGCGUCUAAUGUACAUAAACUCUCUGAAUCCACAUUCCGGUCCUGGAUUUUGUUUUCACUGGUAGUCAGUGGAAAGGUUAAUAUAACUCAAGAUCCAGGACCGGAAUCUGGAUUCGACUAUCCAGAGUUGAAGGCCUUAGUGAUGAAUGUCAGCUUUGGCGCCACUUUCAGUAACGUUCUCAGGUAACAGCACAUGCACUCUUAAAAAUAGAGGGUUCUAGAGUCGAAGAACCACUUUGGGUUCCCUAAAGAACCUUUCAGCAGCUGGUUUAUCAGUGCUUUUUGAAGUAAACAUAAUGGUUCUAUACAAAUUAAACAUUUUUCCUAGAACCGUACAUUCAAGAACCGCGUAGAACCCCUGAUUUUUAGGAGUGUGAGGAGUUGCAGGCUUGAAUUGAUGUUGAUGCCAUCAGCUUAAACCAAAACACCCUGAAAACUUGACAGAUUCUUAGAGAAAUCGUUUCUUUCUCCUGCGUCCAAAGAUGGUUCUGAAAGUCGAGUGUAGUUUUAUGGGAGUAACAGCUAAAGGUCCAGGGUUAGCGGAGGAACCCUGCUGUGGGUUCUGUAGAGCUAGAAUGCAUUUUCAGAAACUGGACUCUUCUGUUCGUCUCUUUGUGUCAAAGUUCAGUCCAAACACGGUAAAACGUUGAGCUGCUUUCUCCCGUCGUUCUGUUCUCCUGAUCGAAUCGUAUGAUCAGUGUUGACUGAUUUCUGAGCUCACCUGAUUCUGAUCCUCUAGCAGCUCGUACGUCACUGAAGUAUCAGAAAUGCAUGAUUGAUGAUUGUAGUUAAUUUUGUAACAUGUACAACACAAUAAAGAAAUUUUAUGCAAUUUUUAUAAACGAA